CCACACGCUCCAACUCCCGCUACUGAACCGUCUCCUCCAGCGCUUCGACGCAGGCGCAGUGCGCUCCUCGGCGCCGUGGCCGCGUCUCCCUCGGCUUCUGAUUGGACGCUGCCGCGCGCGCCCCGGAAGCAGUCUGUGGCGCUGGGUCGGUUGCCCCGGAAGCGGACCGAAGAAGAGGACUACGGUCGGCGGCGGGGGAGGGGGGGAGCGCUUCCCCCCUAAAGCCGGUAGCGACCGUCAGCGGGGAGCUAAGAUGGCGGCGCCCGCGGGCACGGGCUGAGGCGGAGGGCGGCGGCCCCUCGCCCGCCUCGCUUUCCCCUUCCCCCCUCCCCGGCUCCUUCCCUUCCUUGCUUCCGCCCGGCCUCCCUUCCCCGCUGGAAGCUGGCGGAGCUGGGCCGGGCCGGGGGCGCGGCGGGCCCCGCCGGCGGGAUGAUGCGCUCGCAGUGCCUGCUGGGCCUCCGGGCCUUCCUCGCCUUCGCCGCCAAGCUCUGGGGCUUCCUGCUGUACCUGCUGCGGCGGCAGGCCCGCACCGUGAGUAGCGCCCUCCCGACCCCCGCGGUGGCUGGGUGGGCGUCGCUUCCGGGUGGGAAAGCGCUCCGAGGGCGAGAGUGCCUCUGAGGACGUGCAGAGAGCGAGCGUUCCCUUUUGAAAGCCAGGCCCCCUUCAACGCGGGUGAGAGAGUGGGGCCGCCUCAAGCCGGGAAUCCUCCUCGCUUCGCACCUCUCUGCCCUCCUGACCAGGGUGACCCUCCGCCAGCCCAACCUAAGAGCCUAGGAAGCUGCCUUGUUCUCAGAACCAUUGGUCCUCCUCGCUCGCUAUUUGUGCUGACCGGCAGCAACUCUCCAGGGUGUCUCUCUACCUGGAGACGCUUUUGGGGGUUGAAUCUGGGACCUUUCGCGUGCUAAGCAGAUGCUCUACCUGUGAGCGACAGAGCUGCUACAUACAUGCUCCCUCUUUCCUUGGAAGAGUUGUUUCGAGGGGUGUGCGUGCAUAGACAAAGAUAUUUGUGCGUACCUUGCCUUGUGCGUACCUGCCCAGUUCCAUGGCCGAAGGUUUGGCCAGGGUGGAAGGUUGUAACAACUUCACACCUUGUUGAGUUUUACUGGGUAUGGGUUUUACUGGCUUGUGUGAGUGAGGUCCAAGUGUACAGCUGAGAAUCCUGGCCUGGGGUUUGUACCAAAGCUUUGGCUCAGAUGUCUCCCCUUGCUGGAGGUACCCUAAAGUGAUUGGUGUGUGGUUGAUGUUGUGGCAAACAGUUCAGAUGCUGUUAAAAUUGAGCUAGCGAGGAAAUGCACCGGUUUCAGACUUUGCCGACAGUUCAAGUGCCUUUUCAAAUUUGGCCCAGGGUUUCUCAGCCAGUGGUUACAGUUUCUCACCAUUGACCCUGCAAGGGAUGUUUUACUAAAAGUUUUGCAAGUGCCGUUUCAGCUUUAAAGAAAACGAGAAGUACCCUAAAAACACACACGCCCAGAUAGUGGAGAUAGUGAAUAGCAGCAAGUGAAUGUGUCACCAAGUUUAAAAGAGUAGUAACUUAACACUUCUGAAGUGGCUUCUUGAAAGCCAGCCUUUCCCAACUUGGUUUUGGAAUAUAACUCUCACCAGCUGCAGGAGAGUUACAGUUCAAAACAGUUGGCGCAUACAGUGUUGGAAAAGGCUUCCUUAGGUCACAGCAGAAGUAGUUUAUAGGAAAACAAUGGGGUACCAAAACAAGGGCGGUAACUCUUCCCAUUAACCCAUUUGGCCUUAGAGGAAGGGUAUUUCUGAGAUUGGGAGCUCAGUUGAAACAAAACGUCAGGCCUGUCAGUUGAGCCUGAAAUUCCUUUACAAACUAUACGUAUGUAAAACUUGGUUUGACCGGUUAAUGCACUUACAACGUUUAAUGGUGCCGUGCAGUUUCCUGUUCCUUCAGCUCACAGCUUCAUCAAACUUUGGGUGCUUUUUUCAAAUAUCCUUAGGAAUCAAUCUGCAGGGAUUGCCACCUAAUUUUCUCAACAUCUUCAGAUGGUCAUAGACUGCAAACCUCAUCUUCCCUGUUGUUUGGCCAAGCUGGCUGGGGUGGUGGGAGUUGUAAUCCUCAGUGUCCGGAGGGCACCAAUUUGCAGUAUCUGUUUUAUACCCCAGUUCAGUACACCCCUGCCCCAUGUGUGAACUGGAACUGGAGGAAAAGGAAACUAGAAGCAGUAGGAACUACAAAACAAUUUUAUUUGCAAUUUCCAUCCUAAGGUGUCACAAUCUGCUUUCCAAUAUUUUUGUUUGUUUCAGAUGAUUUUGGAGGGUGGGAACAAGACUGGGGUCCAUUGGUUUAUAGUAACAAAGAUUAGAAGGGAUUUGAGGAGGAGGAAACCAGGGUGCUUUGGUUUUCAUGGAGACAGGAAGUGUGAAGCUUGAGAUCCUGGAGAUUUCAGUGUUUGGUUAGAAGCUUGACUGCUCCUUUAGCUACAGCCAUUGUUGUUGCUGUGUGUGCGUUUGUGUGAGAGAGGGACAACCUGUACCUAAUUAUGAAAGGUACAGCUUUCCUUCUCCUAGGUUUCUAGUGGGCCUCUGUUUCCUUCCUUGUGCCCGUACCAUGCUGAGGACUGCCAGUGCAGUUCAAGUAUUGGGCUGCCUUUAGACGUGGGAUUCUUGGGUGUAGGGCACGGUUCUCCUAUAGAUCACUCCAUCUUGGUUACCUUGUGUGUAAAAUUGAAAUAAAGCUUGACUGGGACAGUUGCAACUGGAGCAUGAGUUGGUGGGGAAGCAGUCCUCUUCUCUUCCUUCUUGCAGGAGAAACUUUCACCACACUCACAGUUAAGCAGGUUGCCAUGUUUGCACUUGAGAGUUUCAAGCCCAAACUAGACUGGUUCGUGAGCCCGUUUCUUUGACACUAGACUAAUAAGAUACUGUACUUGAAGGUGUGAAAUAUGUGGAGGGGUGUGUGUGUGGAGCAGCUCUGUCUAGAUGCUUCUAGCAUAUGGCAGGGAGUUUAUCACAGGGUGGUACACUGAUAAUUUUAUAUCCGUGUGGCUGGUUUCUACGGGUGUUGGUUUUGGAUUACCGGUUUUGGGGGGAAAUGGGUUGGGAUGUCAUGAGGCGGAGGAGCUACCUUGAAGCCCUUUGGUCUCCUUCUGGUCCUGGGACAGCUGCCGGGGGGGAUUCUAGGAGUGCUUAAAAUACUUGCCGUUCAAGAUAGCUGUGGGGCACCAGGGAUGCCGUGCCCUCACUGUGGCGCGCAUGUGUGUGUGUUCUAAAGUUUGCUGUUGGCAGAAAUAUAAGGAAGCGAGUGCCAUGUGUAUGUGUGUGCCUGUGUGACUCCUACUAGCUGUCUUUCCUUCCAGGCACAGCUACUGCUGGAUAAGGCAGGAUCUCUCCUCCUUGGGUUUAGCGACGGCAAGGUGCUUUGGGAGAAGUCGCCUAAUGAAACAGUACCUUGUUUCCCUCUGAUUCCUAUUUAGACUGUGGGGAGUUGAGAGCACCUGAAGCCCAUUUAGGCUGCCUGCUCUCUGCUUUACCCCUGGCAUGAGGAUCUAUGGUGCUUUGCCAAGCUGCUCUGUCCAGGCCCUGAAUCGACCUGUGCCCCCAUGGACAGCAGUGAGUCCAAAAUGACUCCCAGGCUGCACAUCUGGUCCUUUUGGAGCACAGUUACUUCAUUCGGGACCAGUGAAUCCCCCUGUCCCCCAGAAACAGUACUUCUGUCUUGUUUGGGUUCAACCUCAAUUAGUUGACCACCAUCCACACACCCCAACCGCCUCCAGAUUAUCCAAAUGCACCCGAUCCAUCUGGUUGCUCCCCUGAGAGUAGCUGCUUUCCCCCCCUGCUGACUGGUGUUGUUGACCAACCUUCCCCAACCUAGUCCUGGCUGGGAGUGGUAGUUCAGGGUAUCUGGAGCGCAGCAGAUGGCCAAGGGUGGAGGGGGUCUAGUCCUGAGUGAGGCUGGGGGCAUUCUAACAGAAAGGUUGUGAUUGGGAGUGUCGGUUCCCCUUCUAGGGGACAAGGAAAUGUUGGAUUUUUCCAAGACAGCUCAGGAGUUUUAUUUUAUUUAUUUUACUUAUUAAAUUUGUAUACCACCCUUCAUGCGAAGAUCCCAGGGCAGUUCACAACAUAAACAAGCAAAAUGAGAGCAGAAAAUACAUAAUAAAAACAAGAACAAGAUCAAACCAAUAAUUCCUCCUGUGGCCUGAACAUAUUUAAAAGACCAUAGAAUCAGCCAAAGCCCUGGUUAUAGAGAAACAGCUUUGCUUGGUGCCUAAAGAUAUGUAAUGAAGGUGCCAGGAGAGCCUUCCUGGGGAGGGCAUUCCACAAACGGGGAGCCACUGCAAAAAAGGCCCGUUCUUGUGUGGCUGCCCUGUGGACCUCUUCUGGAGGAGGCACAUGAAGAAGGGCCUCGGAUGAUGAUCACAGGGUCUGGGUUGGUUCAUAUGGGGAGAGGUGGUCCUUGAGGUAUUACGGUCCUGACCUGUUUAAGGCUUUAUAGCUCAAAACCAGCACUUUGGAGUGGGCCAGAAACUAAUUGGCAGCCAGCGCAGUGUUACACACUCAAACCUUCUUGCUGCGGUGAGCAACCUGGCUGCUGAAUUCUACACCAGCUGAAGUUUCUGCAUCGUCUUCAGAGGCGGACUUCUGAGGAGAGAGGGCAGGGAACAGUCAUAUCAGGAGAAAUAAUGAGAGUGGCUUGGUGACAGCCUCAGCCAUCAUACAAUAGACAAGGCAAUGCUUUUGCUGUUACAGUGGUGCCCCGCAAGACGAAUGCCUCGCAAGACGGAAAAACCGCUAGACGAAAGGGUUUUCCGUUUUGAAGUUGCUUCGCAGGACGAAUUCCCCUAUGGGCUUGCUUCGCAAGACGAAAAUGUCUUGCGAGGCUUGAGAUUUUUUUCGCUUCCCCCUUUAUCUAAUCUGCUAAGCCUUUAAUAGCCUUUAAUAGCCUUUUAGCAGCUAAUCCCUAAGCCUUUAAGCCUUUAAUAGCCGCUAAACAGCUGAUAGCGCUAAUAGCGCUAAUCCGUCAAUGGGCUUGCUUCGCAAGACGAAAAAACCGCUAGACGAAGACUCUCGCGGAACGGAUUAAUUUCGUCUUGCGAGGCACCACUGUAAUUUUAAUACCCGCACUUCGGAUGUUUCCUUUUCCUAGACUCCAGCGCUGAGCUUCUAGGAGCCCGAGCAAGGAGGGCCCUGGGCAGAAGUGGGCUUCUCCAGGUGCCACUGCAGAAUUAGCACUUGAAUGUUGAGGUCCAGGGUGAAAUUUGUGGCGGGUGAAGCUGGGAGCUGAACGGCGCGUUGUGCCCGGUUCUUGAGGAAUUGUCAGGCUCAUCUGGUAACCCAAAGAAAUGGCUAGCAAUUGACGCCAGGCCAGGCCAGGUGUCUGUCUGUCUGUCUGUCUGUCUGUCUGUCUGUGUCAGGCAGCCAAAGGCAUCCUUUUCCAUCUCACCUAGAGCACAAACCCAAACAGUGUGUGACAUGGGGAGUGCAAAAGCCGUCUCUUUGUUCACUCGGCUUCUUUUCUCCUUGUUCCUCAGCCUCCCUCUAGUAAGAGAAAACUUACAUGCAUGCUGGCUUUCUUUCUUUUUGAAAAAAUAACAACCCACUUGUCAAAACCAAACCCCAGAAACUUCCUUUUCACAACCAGUUCCAAAGCUCUGUCAAAGUGAUGGUGAGGUUCUGCACUUUGAGGCCCCAGCGACUUGGAGAGGAAGUGGAGCCUCUGGUUUAGUUUCUCAGUCCGUCUUUACGAGAGCAACCAGGGGGAGUGGGGUUACUCUGGAGUGGAAGGUUGGAUCUCCUUAAGUCCACCUGUGCCUCAUAAACCCCUCCCUCCACCAUCUGCUUGAUAAGAGGGGGAAGGCAGAGGUGCCCCCCCAGAGGCAAGAAAUCUGCCUCUUCCUGGAUCACGCUCACAGCUACAUGGGCUUCAAGGCUUGGACUCUUGACUUCUUCUGCUUACACCUCUCUGCCAACUUUUCUGUCUGUGUGAGAAGAGGAUUUGUUUUAUUCACGACAUUUAUAUCCCGCCUUUCCUCCAAGGAGGUGUACGUACAUCUUCCCCCGCCCCCACUUUAUCCUCCCAACAACCUUGCGAGGUAGGUUAGCCUGAGAGCAGUGUUAGGAAUCAGCCAGGCACCAGGCAAAUUUUGCUACUAGCACAGGUCCAGUUGCCACUAUGCAGAGAUUUUGGGGCACCAGGUUGGCAAUCGCAGUUUAAAAACCUCUGCCUUAGUCCAUAGUUAAUACUAUUUCCAUUUUACACCAGUGUUUCUCCUUCUUGCAUACUGGGGCACGUGAAUUGUUGUACGAGCAAGCUACAGUCAAGCAAUGUAGUUGAUAUCAUAGAAUCAUAGCAUUGGAAGGGACCCUGAGGGUCAUUUACGAUACGAUACAAUAAUCUUUAUUGUCAUUGUCCCAUACAGAACAACGAAAUUGAAAAAAUCUACACCAGACAUUCAAAAACCAACAAGCCUGCUAUCCCAACUAUCCCAGCCUGGUUGACCCCCUAAAAACUCUGAUACCCCAUAAUUAAAUACAAUACAGUGGUACCUCGCAAGACGAAUGCCUCGCAAGACGAAAGAGUUUUCCGUUUUUUGAGUCGUUCCGCAAGACAAAUUUCCCUAUGGGCUUGCUUCGCAAGACGAAACGUCUUGCGAGUUCUUGCGAGUUUGUUUCCUUUUUCUUUAAGCCGCUAAGCCGUUAAUAGCCGCUAAGCCGCUAAUAGCCGUGCUUCGCAAGACGAAAAAACCGCAAGACAAAGAGACUCGCGGAACGGAUUAAUUUCGUCUUGCGAGGCACCACUGUAUACUCCCACAGAGACUACCUUACACUGCGUUUUAAACCAAAAUCACAUUUGGAUAGAAACUGUUUCUCAGGCAGCUGGUCCUAGUCUUUAUAACCCUGUACCUUCUUCCAGAAGGCAGAAGCUGAAAGAGAUCAUUUCCAGGGUGCGCACUAUCCUGCACUAUCUCUGCAGCUUUCUUAUGACACCUGGAAACGUAGAUUUGAUCCAAGGUGGGAAGAGGGCACCCAAUUAUUCUCUCCGCAGUCUUUGCAACCCUGGACAGCAUUAGAUGCCUUUUGGCACCCGGCUUAUAUAUUGUGAGAUUUUAACACUGGCUGAGUCUAGCACUCUUAACCGCUAUGCCACACUGGGUGUCAGGUCAAAGCAUAGGAAGGGCUAGCUAGAGUGUUUCUCAAACUGGGGUCCCCGGCUGUUGUUGGACUACAACUCCCAUCACCCCUAGCUAGCAGGACCAGUGGCCAGGGGUGAUGGGAAUUGUAGUCCAGCGACAGCCGGGGACCCAAGUUUGAGAAACAUGGAGCUAAACUGUAGUAUCUGCUGCCAUGGCCCCAGAUGGCCUCUCACCAAGUGUGUGUAGGGGAGAGAGAGAGAGAGAGAAAGACAAGGCAGGGCUGCCCCCACAAUAAGGGUUUGGGGGGCCACGAUGCUCCUUGAUUUCCCCCCACUCCACCCUGAGGUUGCUCUGUUUCCUUGCUGGGCCUCCGAUCCCCACUCUCUCUCUCCUUCCAGCCCCCAGUUCCAGUGCCUUCUUCUGGGACAGGGGCCUCCUGGCCUCUGGCCGGCUUCCCAGUCGCAAGAGGCUGCCCUGGCUAAAUUUGGGAGGGGACCACGUGGGGCGGGAGGGUGUCGGCCACAGGCAUGGGACUUGCAGGUGCCUGCCAAGGGCAGUUGAGGGGGCAGCUGUCGUGUGAGCGAGUGUGGGUGGGUAAGGAGCCAGGCCGGGGCGGGGGGCGGAAGAGAGCGAGAGACAGACCCCUGGGCCUGCGGCCAUCUAUGUGCCCUUGCAGAGGAGCCCUUUGAGGAAAAGCAGCAGGUGGGAGGCAAAAAUAGAUCUGGACAAGCACGAGAUGAGGAGAGUCACCCCAUUGGCCUCUCUGGCCCAGUGCGGUCAGCUCUGGCGGGCAGCUGAGACCUUACCUGCCCUCUGUGGCUGUCGGAGACCCUCCAAACCGGAGAGGGCUUUGGCAUCUUCCCUGGCAUGGGCUCUGAGCCCUCCCCAUCCCAUUUCCUAGAGGCCUCCGUUCCCCAAGAGAUGCUCCAGGAAGCAUCGUGGGAAUAUCCGAAGGCGUUUUGCACUCUCAGUGUGGAAAUUCUGCAGCUGGGGGCCUUUCGUAAGAGGCAGUUCGUUGCAGGGGUUAGAGCAGGGGUCAGCAAACUUUUUCGGCAGGGGGCCGGUCCACUGUCCCUCAGAUCUUGUGGGGGGCCGGACUGUAUUUUGAAGAAAAAAUGAACCAAUUCCUAUGCCCCACAAGUAACCCAGAGAUGCAUUUUAAAUAAAAGGACAAAUUCUAUGCCGAUUCCUGGACUGCCCGCUGGCUGGAUUGAGAAGGCGGUUGGGCCGGAUCCGGCCCCCGGGCCUUAGUUUGCCUACCCAUGCUAUAAAGUGUCUGGAAACCAGUCCUGAUGAGGGACAGUUGAAGGAGUUGGGUGCGUUUAGCCUGGAAAAGAGGAGACUCGCGAGAGGUGAUUGGGACGGAUCGGGCCCCUGAGCCUUAGUUUGCCUACCCAUGGGUUAGAGUGCUGAUCUGUGGCCUGGGAGUCAGGGGUUCAAAUCCCCAUAAAAGAGCACUCUCCCCACUCUGUGGUCUCCAGCAACUGGCACUGAGAACCGUUCCUGCCUCGUAACUGUGGAGGUGGGGUUGAGAUUCCUGCAUUGCAGCGGGUUGGACUAGAUGACCCUUGGGGUCCCUUCCCACACUAAGGUUCUAUGAUUCCCCAAAGGUAGAUGGCGGCAUUUUAACUGUACAAUGGUAGAAACGACUUCUGGUGUGUAAUCCUUUCCCCUAUUACACCGCUUUGAUGAUAGCUUCUGGCUGCGAAGUGGUUUGUUGAUCAGGCAGACAGCGAUCUGGCUACUUUCCUGGCCUCUGAGGCAGGUCCGGCCGUGGUGCUGGAGUGCCAGGCACCGCCACCAGGUGAACUUCGUCACACCUGGAAUGCAGUCAGAGCGUUUUGAGCAUCCAGAGGGUUUCACUCGCCUUGCGCCAAGAAUCCUUCCUUAACGGCCUCCUUGCAGGGUGGGUCAGGGUUCUCCUCCCACCGGCUAGGACAGAGACUGGGGAUUUCGACUUGCCUAAAUGAAUUUGCUCAGGGCAAAAGUGACUCUCUUAAUGCAGGCCUUUUGGUUCAGAGCUCAGUCCCUUCACUGCUCUCCGUUUAAGGAGAAGGCCCCUGGCUCGGUGGCAGGGCAACUGCUUGGCAUAUAGAAGGUUUUGUCCCCGGGGCCGCCUUCUGCUAAAAGGAUCUCUGCCGGAAGGUGACGGGAACGGUCUGCCUCUGCCAGUCAGAGCAGGUGAUACUAGGCCCCGUGGACAAAUAGGCCAAACUGGUACAAGGCAGCUUCUUUUGUUCUGGCCCUUUAAAAAAACAAAUCCAAAGGAUGGAAGGUCUUUUGGCAAGAGAUAUGAGAGGGAAUUUGAGGGUGUGCGGGGAGGAUACCUGAGAACUUGGAGAACUACGGGACCACCUCUCCUGGUAUGCCCCGUGGAGGACCUUAAGGUCCACAAAUGACAACACCUUGGAGGUCCCAGGUCGCAAGGUGGUUAGAUUGGUCUCAGCCAGGGCCAGGGCCUUUUCAGCACUGGCCCCGACUUGGUGGAACGCUCUGUCCUAAGAGACUAGGGCCCUGCGGGACUUGACAUCUUUCUGCCUGGCCUUUGGUCUGGGCUCAGUCUGACCCUCAUGUUUCCCUCCCCUUAUGGUUUUGAUCUAUGGGCUACUUUUAAAAUGUGGCUGCAUUUUAAAUUGCAUUUUGACCCAUAUUUUAAAUUGGGUUUCCCCUCCUUUUAUGUUUUUACUGUAAUUUUACUGGUGUUAGCCACCCUGAGCCCUGCUGUGGCCGGGGAGGGCGGGGUAUAAAUAAAAUUUAUUAUUAUUAUUAUUAUUAGCUUGCGGGAUUCUCUGUAUAAUGUUUCCACUGGUCCAGAAUACUCUGGUGGCUCUAACUUUGUUUUGUCCUUUGUUGCAUUUAUACCCUCUCUUCCAAGGUGGCGUAUAUGGCUCUCUCUCUCUCCGUCCCAAUUUAAUCCCUGCAGCAACAACCCUGAGAGGUAGGCUAGCCUGAGGGAGGCCAUGGCUGGCUCCUUUGGUCACGUCCAGCGAGCUCCUCAAAUGUGUGGUGAACACGCAGCCUGCUCCUUGCCCCAUAAGGCCUUGCCCUGCACAGUUCACCCAGCUUCUCCUUUCCAGGCUGCUUGGUGCGACACCCUUUUCCUGCUGAGCAGAAUUCAGCAGAAAUGAGCAAGUGACCAGGCUGCCCAGUUCAUAGCGGUUUCCUUGGAAGUAGAAAGAGGGUUGGCUUUCAGAACAGCCAAACGCCAAGUGCAAGCCUGGUUGCUGCGGGGUUUUCCUUUUAAAAAGUCCUAAACCUGCAAAGGUGGAAAGUGUCAGUCACAGAGGUAUCCUGGAGGCUGUUAGUAUCAGCAGUGACAACUGCCUCUCUCAGCUGGGCCUGGAAUAAGCGGCUUGGUUAGGGAGGCGAUGCAGGCAAGGUCAGAUAGCCUCUCUUGAAAUCCAGCUCUUCUGGCCUGAGCAUCCUGCCUUCUGCAACGUUAGAAAUUUGGAUAUAUAUGCUAAUUGCCAAAGGGUACCUUGAACCUCAGCUAUGGUCGCCACAAGAGAAUGUCUAAGCGCUGUUUUGUUCAUGCAGUGCAAAUUAUUAUUAAUUUCAUUUCUAUACCGCUUUACAAGGGACGCGGGUGGCGCUGUGGGUUAAACCACAGAGCCUAGGGCUUGCCGAUCAGAAGGUCGGCGGUUUGAAUCCCCGCGACGAGGUGAGCUCCCGUUGCUCGGUCCCUGCUCCUGCCAACCUAGCAGUUCGAAAGCACGUCAAAGUGCAAGUAGAUAAAUAGGUACUGCUCCGGCGGGAAGGUGAACGGCGUUUCCGUGAGCUGCUCUGGUUCGCCAGAAGCGGCUUAGUCCUGCUGGCCACAUGACCCGGAAGCUGUACGCCGGCUCCCUCGGCCAGUAAAGCGAGAUGAGCGCCGCAACCCCAGAGUCGGUCACGACGGGACCUAAUGGUCAGGGGUCCCUUUACCUUUACCUUUAUACCGCUUUACAUAUAUCUCAAAGUGGUUUACAUCCAGUCAACCAAUCCUGAAUAAAAGAAAUUCAAGCUUUAAGGAAAAUAUUUCAGAUGCUUCUCUAUGUGACAUUUUGCUCCCCCCCCCAUAUUUAUUUACCCGCUUAAUUUAUAGAGCUGCCCCAUAGCAGAAGGAUUCUAGGAAGUCAGGGUGCUUGCAGUGGUGCGUGUGUCAGACGAGGACCUGGGAGUUCCAGGUUCAAAUCCUCGCACAGUCCUGAGUGACCUUGGAGUCAGUCGCGGCCUCUUCACCUACCUCACAGGGUCGUUGUAGGGAUUAACUGUUGAGCGGGGCGAACCAUGUAUUCCUUGGAGGAAAAGGUGGGAGACAAAUGCAAGAAAUGAGCUCACCUGCUUAAGAAAGUUUGAGGGGCCAGCCAGAUGGAAAUGUCUGUCGCUAACCUGGCGUCCAGAGAUCUCCAUGGGGCUGCAGUUGGACCAGUGCUGGUCGCAAAACGCGCCUGGCACCUGCCUAAUUUCUAACACUGGCCCUUCAGGUGUUCUUUCUGGGCCACCCUUUAUAAACUCACCCCCCCCUUUUCCUGUGUCUGUCCGGCAGGUGAUCCAGUAUCAGACGGUGCGCUACGACAUUCUUCCCCUUUCCAAAGUUUCACGGGAGCGCCUCAGUAAGUACAUUGCCCCGUGGAGGGUGGGGGGGUCUCCCUGGUUCCCUCGCCCUGCCCCAGGCUCUCCCCAGAGCACUGGGAAGGAGGGAGGUGUGUAGGGCACUGAGCUGUUUGUCUUGACGCUCCUCUCCCCACCUCCACCAGACCAGGUGAAGAGGAAGAUCCUUGUGCUCGACCUGGACGAGACGCUGAUCCACUCCCAUCACGACGGAGUCUUGCGGCCCACGGUGAGGCCUGGCACUCCGCCCGACUUCAUCCUUAAGGUGAGCCGUUCUCGGGUGCGGGAGGAGCUGGGCACGAGGGGCGCAGGUAGCAGGGGCUGGUUGGACGCAGAGGAAUGGACCCAGAGAGGAAGGCUCAGAGCCCGGGGAUUGGGGGUGGGAUGACGAUGAAUGGUCAAGAGCGAGGAAACUGGGAGGAGGAGGUGUCAAAAGCCGAAGGGGUAACAGGGCUUAGUGAGCUGGGACAGAAAAAAGCAGAAGGGUGGGAGCCCAGGAGACAGGAGGAGAGGUUGACGAUACACAUACUGUAUUUCUCGGUGUAUAAGACGCCCCCCCCCCAAUGUAUAAGAUGCCCCUCUAUUAUUGGGGACUAAAUUUAAAGAAAAUGAGGGGAGAUGGCCCAAAGUUGAUGAGCUUUUUUUAGGGGGAAUUGCACACAAGCCAUCACCCCAGCAGGGCCGUUGCAGGGGGUUGGCAAAGUGGGCAGCCACUACCCCCAUGCCACUGUGGUCGGGAAGCUCCCUAGAGCACGGGCUGCCAACCAGCUGGCUGGCAGGGGCAGCUUCCCCUCCACGCCGCUGCGGGAAACUGCUCCCUAGAGCGCGCACCUCCCGCAGCAACAUGGGAGGGGGAGUUGCGCGCCCGCAAACCAGCUGGCGGGGGGCGCAGCUUCCCCCUCACGCCACUAUCCGUGUAUAGGACGACCCCAGUUUUCCGACAUGAUUUUUGAGUCAAAAAACCUCGUCUAAUGCACAGAGAAAUAUGGUAUAUUGUCUCUGAUUGCUUGGGGGAAAGCCCUGGGGAGAGGAAGGGACUUUCAGUCUCUGCCACUGGUUUUCAUGGAGGGAGCUGUUUUGCUCAUUAGGCCUUAGCCUGACACUCAGCCAAGUCUGUGGAGAUCCUGCUUUUUAGCUAACAAAGAAUUAACUCCAUCUCUGAACUCUGUGGUUACUGACCUGCACACUCGAGUGACAGCAGGUGUGUAGGCUCAAGGGAGGAGGCGGCCCUCUUGGCCUCCGGAAGGUGCAGCAGGGAGGGUUUGCAACCUUUAGCCAGUUUGCGGUGGCGCAGCCAUUGCAGAGGAUCUCUGCACCAGCCAGUCUGCAUUCUUCACGUGUCCAGGGCUGUUUUCCUGGCUUCAGAAAGCAGCUGCCUUGGCUUAGGUGAAGCCCUGAAGUUCCCACAGCAACCCACGCUAGCCACUGGGGAUUGAGUUUGGUCUCAUUUUUUGAGGAUCAGAGGCAGCCACGGAGCCUAAUAAUAUAAUAAUAAUUAUAAUUAAUUUUUUAUUAUUUAUACCCUGCCCAUCUGGCUGGGCUUCCCCAGCCACUCUGGGUGGCUUCCAAAAAAAUAUUAAAAACAUGAUAAAACAUCAAACAUUAAAAGCUUCCCUAAACAGGGCUGCCUUCGGAUGUCGUCUAAAAGUCUGGUAGUUGUUCUCUUUGACAUCUGGUGGGAGGGCGUUCCACAGGGCGGGCGCCACCACUGAGAAGGCCCUCUGCCUGGUUCCCUGUAACUUGGCUUCUCGCAGGGAGGGAACCGCCAGAAGGCCCUCGGAGCUGGACCUCAGUGUCCGGGCAGAACAAUGGGGGUGGAGAUGCUCCUUUAGAUAUACAGUGGUACCUCGGGUUAAGUACUUAAUUCGUUCCAGAGGUCUGUACUUAACCUGAAACUGUUCUUAACCUGAAGCACCACUUUAGCUAAUGGGGCCUCCUGCUGCUGCCACGCUGCCGGAGCACGAUUUCUGUUGUCAUCCUGAAACAAAGUUCUUAACCUGAAGCACUAUUUCUGGGUUAGCGGAGUCUGUAACCUGAAGCGUAUGUAACCCGAGGUACCACUGUACUGGGCCUUUGAGGCCGUUUAGGACUUUAAAGGUCAGCACCAACACUUUGAAUGGUGCUUGGAAACGUACUUAUCAGUGAGUUCUCGUCACCAACCUGCCGAUUUUGUGGUGGUGUUAGACUACAACUCCCAUCAGCCCCAGCCUCCGGCUGUUGUAGUCCACAGCAUCAAGAAGGCUCUGGGCCAUAUUUACUUUGCCAGGCUUUGACUAAAAGGCCUUCCUCUGUUUCCAGGUUGUCAUAGACAAACAUCCAGUCCGCUUUUUUGUACACAAGAGGCCUCACGUGGACUUUUUCCUAGAAGUGGUAAGGUGUUCGUGCGCGAGACAGAUAUUUUAUUUAUUUUAUUUUAUUGAUUAUAACAUUGCCAUUAUUGUUAUUCUUUAUUAAAUUUCUAAACCACCCUUCAUCCGAAGAUCCCAGGGCGGUCUACAAUAUAAACACACAAAAAUGCAUACAAUGACAACGACAACAAAAUACCUGCCCCCCGUUUAAAAGGUCAUAGAUUGUUUAAUUAAUCAAUAGCCAGGCAGAAGAGGAAAGUUUUUGCCUGGGACUUAAAUAUAUGUUACAAAGGUGCCAGGCGAGCCUCCCUGGGGGAGAGCAUUCUUCAAGUGGGGAGCCACCGCAGAAAAGGCCCCGUUCUUGUGUUGCCACCCUCUGGACCUCUUGUGGAUGGGGCAUUUGAAGAAGGGCCUCAGAAGAUGAUCUGUUGGUUCAUAUGGGGAGAGGCGGUCCCAAGCUGUUUAAAGCUUUAUAGGUCAAAAGCAGCACUUUGAAUUGGGCCCAGAAACUACCGUAUAUUUUGCUCUAUAAGACUCACUUUUUCCCUCCUAAAAAGUAAAUGGAAAUGUGUGUGCGUCUUAUGGAGCGAAUGCAGGCUGCACAGCUAUCCCAGAAGCCAGAACAGGAAGAGGGAUUGCUGCUUUCACUGCACAGCGAUCCCUCUUGCUGUUCUGGCUUCUGAGAUUCAGAAUUUUUUUUUCUUGUUUUCCUCCUCCAAAAACUAGGUGCGUCUUGUGGUCUGGUGCGUCUUAUAGAGUGAAAAAUACGGUAAUUGGCAGCCAGUGGAGUCGGGCCAGGAUUGGCGUUAUAGGCUCAAAGCAUCCUAGGUCCAGUGAGCAACCUGGCUGCUGAAUUCUGCACCAGCUGAUGUUUCCAGACCGUCUUCAGGGGCAACCCUAUGUAUAACGCAUUGCAGUAAUCUAACCUGAAGGUUACCAGAGCAUAGACAACAGACGUUAGGCUGUCCCAGUCCAGAUAGGGGUGCAGCUGGGCCAGCAGCCGUAGUGGAUGGAAGGCAAAGGAUCCAGAACAGGGGUCAGCAACCUUUUUCAGCUGUGGGCCAGUCAGCCAGCCCUCAGACCAUGUGGGGGGCUGGACUAUAUUUUGAAGAAAAGAAAAAAAGAACGAAUUGCUAUGCCCCACAAAUAACCCAGAGAUGCAUUUUAAACAAAAGCACACAUUCUGCUCAUGUAAAAACAUGCUGAUUCCCGGACCGUCUGCGGGCCAGAUUUAGAAGGCAAUUGGGCCGCAUCCGGCCCCCAGGCCUUAGGUUGCCUACCCCUGAUCUAGAAGGACCCCCAAGCUGCAUACUUGCUCCAUCAGAGAGAGUUUAACCCCCCUCAAGAGCAGGCCACCUCCCAUCCAUCCAGUCUAGGAAACAGCCCCCUAAUAGUACCUCGGUCUGGACUGAGCUUCAGUUUAUUGGCUCUCCUCCAGUCCAUUACUGAGGCAAGACACCAGUCCAGCACAUCCACUCCCACACCUGCAGAUGUAAAGAAGCAGAGCUGUGUGUCUGCAGAACAUUGCUUUCCCAGCUUUCCUUCCAGGAGACCAAGACGUGCCAAUUCUCCGCCCCUCUAUAUUUUUAUUGUCGCAACAACCCUACAAAAAGUAGGUUAGACUGAUAGCAACCGGCCUGCAAGUUCACCCCGGCAGGCUUCACGUGGCCAGGGCGGAUUUGAACCCACAGCUGUGACCGCUGCACUGCCACUGAUUCGCUGGGCGUGCUCCUCCAGUCCAGAGGGGGCUUUCCAAGCCUCUCAGCUUCACGCUCUUGAGCUGGACUAUGUUGGGAGGCCCAUCCUCCCCUCACUGAGCUCCGUGGAGAAACUGCCAAGCAGGUAUGAGCAUCCUGGCACACUGCCGAUGCUGAAGGACUGUCCUCCACCAUGCCUGUCCGUCAGCGCCUGUUGACAGGGGCUGAUGGGAGUUGUAGUCCAAAACAUGGGGAGGGUUCUAGCUCGGGAAAAGUUUACUUGGAGGGUGGUGUAGUGACAUGGGGGCAGGGAGGGAGAGUAGCAGCCAGGGCAACUGGGAAGACAUUGUGUUGUGUGUUGCCCACGCGCAUCACCCGGAAAUGUUUUGAACUUGGGUGGCCUUUCGAGUGAUGCACACGCCCAGGGAUGGAUCUUCCCAGAGCCAGCUCUGCCUGGGAGAGACGGUGGUGUGCUAAAUCCAUUCUGUCCUGCUCCACCCUUGCCUUGUCUGGUUCAAGGGUGGAGAGCUGAUCCCAGACCCAACUGGAUCAGCCAGCCUUGCCUCUAAUCGCCGGCACCUGUUUAGCCUAAUCCGCGUUAAUCCUGCUCACAGCAAUUCGUCCCAGCUUCUUUAGGGUAGUAGUCCCUUUCCUCUUCACUUUCUCUCUUCCCACUGCUUCCCGGAAACUUGGAAAAUUUGAAGCAGGCCCCUGGAGCUUUGCUUUGUUUACUAAGGCUAGUCACCAUCUCCGUCAAAUCCAGGGAAGGGUGCAAAUCAUGGAAUACAUAAAAGCACAUGCACCAACCCAGGCGCUUCAACUAUCCCCUGAGGUCCUGCGUCACGGGUGUUGCGGAGGGUGGCGACACAAGAACAGGGCCUUUUUUAGUGGUGGCCCCGCACUUGUGUAAUGCUCUCCCCAGGGAGGCUUGCCUGGCGCCAUCAUUACUUAGCUUUAGACUUGAUAGUAGGAGGGCUGGCCAGAACCUGCGAAGCUGCCAGGGGGAAGGAGGUUGGGAAAGAGGAAGAGGUGUUCACUGAAAGCGCCCAAAAGCAUCACAAGGCUCUUGUUGCAGGUCGAUAGGAGCUAUGAGCAGGAAGCAGCUUCUUCCGUUAAGGGCUGAGAACGGAAGGGGGGGCUUCUGCAGGACUAAUAAUGGGUGCCUGCUGCACUCUGCCUGGCUGUCGUUCUUUGGAGGGGCUGGCGUAAUAACCGUGCCACAAUCCGUUCAUGAAGAGCUUUUCAGACCGACAAGUUUUAAGUGAUGCUUAAAUGUAAUCUGUAUUGGGAGGGCAUGGAAGAUUUGGGGAGAUUAGAUGGCGUUUCCUGAAAGUCUAAUUUGGAUUAUGUGUGGGUGAAAGUUGCCGAAAUCUUGGGCUUUCAUCUGCCUGCAAGAGUGAAAGGGGCUUUUUGUGUGUGAAGGACAAAGGGAGCUCCCCUCUGACUUUCCAUUUCCUUUUCUUCUCCCCUCCCACCGACUCAGGUGAGCCAGUGGUAUGAGCUGGUGGUCUUCACGGCCAGCAUGGAAAUAUAUGGCUCUGCUGUGGCCGACAAGCUAGACAAUAAUAGGAGCAUCCUAAAGAGAAGAUACUACAGACAGGUGAGUCCUUUGCCCCUUACGGCUGUGAAACAGCCUGUGGAGUAGGGAGAAGAAGGGUCCACCCAGCGGCUCAGAGGGAAGGCUCCCCGCCUUGGCUUGCUUGCUGCCAAAUGAGUGGCACACCUGGAUGUGCUGAGAGAAGGCUACCAGGUGCGCUUGGGUUACCGUAGCAACGCCAGCAAGGUCCUGGGCUUGACUGGCUGAGUCGCUCACCCUCCCAUUGGUUCAGGAAUGCAGAGACGGGCAUGAUAGUCUCCGGGGCAUUUCUUCCAUUAUGUGAGGUCCUGUCCUGAUGCUCUCCUGCUUUGCUGUCAGGGUCUGACUCUGAAUCUGUGAGAGUCGGGGGAAGAGGCUGUGGGUUUUACACAGCAGCGUCAGCUAGCAGGGUGACAGCGUUAGCGGAUCUCUCCGUACAUAAGCACCCUCACUUCAAAGACCAGAAGAACUGUAUAAAGUCCAUAGUGGCGUUUAGCUUUGCCUUGCGCCUGGAAAUAAUGAACACUUCGAACAGUGCGGGAGAAGAGGUUUCCCCAUAACCGUGGGACUCUGGAAGAAGCCGUUCUGCUGGGAAAGCAGGAAAUCUCUGAAGACUCGGCUGGGGCUCUUCAUCUUCUGUGAUGGAUUGAGGUCUGGUGAACUUACCAGCUGACUUCCACAAGUCACCCACCCUCCACCACCGAGCUGCAGCCCUGUCCAGUUUAAGAGAGAAUUGUUAUUUCUGUCCUGUGUGCAAACAUACACCCCCCUCCAACUCCCUCUCUCUCUCUCCUUCCAGCACUGCACUUUGGAGCUGGGCAGUUACAUCAAAGACCUUUCCGUCGUCCAUAACGACUUGUCCAGCAUAGUCAUCCUGGACAAUUCGCCAGGAGCCUACAGGAGCCAUCCAGGUAGGGGGCUAGACCCGCCGUCCCCUUUGAAAAUUGGUGGUGGGUGAGGGGUGGUGUCCUGUGCCUUGACCAGUGGUCUGCUUGCUGGGUGAGGGGCCGCUCUCUGCAGCCCAGGAUGUCUCGUGGAGGGCCUGCUGUAUCUUCCUCCUUGCUCACUCCCGUCUCCCUGGGGACUUAAGGAACCAGCCACUCAUUCCCACAGGAGAGCAUGCCAUUUUAGGGGGUGAAUUCUUGCAGACAUAUUCAGCGAGGCAUCUUAAAAACACGUUUCCAGGUGUGAGGAGUUCGAAUCUGCUAUUCUUUUUGUACUUGGUAAGUCCACGUUCGAUUAAAAAGCUCACAAACUGCUUUCGGUAAACCAGAGAUUUUUAAUUUUACCUUCUGAAAAUGUCAGGUGAUGCUGUAAACAUUUUAGUUUCUCUGCAUGAAACAUAUCCUCCUAAGCGCACUUGUAAUCAUGAAACAACACCAGGACGUAAUGGCAUCAGUUAAGAAGAAAUGCAAACAAGAAGUUGCAUCCCUGGACAUCAGCCGCAGACUUCUUGGCCUCUGAUACACGCCUCACGUUCCUCAUGAGUUACACCCUACCUGCUGACUCUGUGACUUCUUUCACGUGCCUUGCUAUAGACCGAGCAUGACAAGGCCGUUGUGAAAUUUGUAUGGGCUUGCUAGCGAACUUACUUCCACUGUAGCAAGUUUACAUGUCAAAGGAGGUUCCUAUAGCCUGUCAGACCAGUCUGUCAGCUCCAACAGGGAUGAAGCGCUGGGGUUGCUGGAAAGCGCCUUCCUCGGAUGUACACAAAGAUCUCCUCCCAGUGUGUCGUCCUCUUCACACCUCAAGUCACCGAUCUUUUGGACACCAGCUGUCGUCUCCUCACGGUCAUCUGAGCACAAGAGCGUCUGGAUUAUCAUUUUGCUAAACGCAUGUCGUGCUGAGCACUGGACGGUUGGCCAAACAGCAUCCACCACAACCUUCUUUUGCAGCCUAACUCUCCUCGACAAAAUGUGGAGUGGGCCUUCCACCCAAAAGUGUUCUACUCUGAUGUUGAAUCAGCAGGUGUAGUACUUGCAGACAAUGCAUGUAUCAGUCUUAAAUCGCUGAGGGUUCUGCCUUUAAGGCCAUGUUUUGAAACCCGUAUGCGACAAAGCCCGUUUGCUGUUGUUAACCACCUUGAAUGGCUCACUGGACCCAUUUCCAUGCCCUUAUGGCCUGUGUGAUCCAAUACCUGUGUGCUUGAUCAUUAAACAGAUCCUUUACGACUUUGCCACUCAGUGAAGUAAGAGGCUCUGCAACGGAGAGUUUGGUGCAUGGAGGAUCAAUUUCAAGUUCUGUAGCAUCUUGCCAAUGUUACCUGUCUUGCUUGCUUGUUAGACAAGGUCUUCCAUCAAGUGCUGCGAUCAAGUGUCGCAGGGGUAACUUGCUGGCGUGGAGGGCACAAACCAACCAGAUCAGCUUACGACCACGCUUGACCUCUACCCAGUGCAUGGGUACCGCACUCCGAGCCAGUGUUAACAAUUGUAGAAUUGCCUCCAAUUGCCUGCAAUCUCAAUGCCCUCCUUCAUGAAAUCCACAAGAUUAUCAGCAAUAACUCCAGCUGGUUUUUCUCUCUGAGUGAAGUGGUAGAGAUGGCUCACCUCUCACAAAAUACCGUAUUUUUCCGUGUAUAACACGCCCCCAUGUAUAAGACGACCCCUAUUUUGGGGGACUCCAAAUUAAGAAAAUGGGGGGCGCUUACCCUGAGUUAUUGAGUGUUUUUUUGGGGGGGUUGCCAAAAAUCACUCACCCACCUGACCGGCGCUCACAAUUGCCAGAGCCACCAAUCGUCUGCCCGCUCGCCGCCAAUCGCCCACACAAUUGGUGCAGCGGCGGUCAAUCAACAGCAGGCCUUGCCACAGCCACCAAUGACCCGCCAAGUCACCACUGACAAUCUGCUCACGGCUGCAACCAAUCGCCUGUCACUCCUCAGCACUAUCUGUGUAUAAGACGACCCCCAAUUUUUAACAUUAUUUUUAAAUAUUAAAAAAACCAUCGUCUUAUACAUGGAAAACUAUAGUAAUUCUGUUCUGGGGGACGGCUGAUCUGAAUUGUCGGCUUUCAGCAUAACAUUAGUUUAUUUUGGCAGCCGUCAAAGAAGAUGAAGUCAAUUUCACCCCUCUAACAAAUUGCUGAUCCAGAGAUUUCAUCACUUUUUCUUGGGCUCUUGACUUUAUUGCAAUCAUCCGCAAGUCUCUCGUCUUCUUCAGUGAUCAAACCAGCAGUGGUGAUGGCAGCUGUCGCACACAGACCAACACCAUAUCCGAUGCUCUGCGUAGCAACAUUAUGUGUUUCCAAUGUGUUUCACUCCGUCUUGGUUUUCCUAAUGCCCAUUCAUAACUUCCGUCAUGCCCAUCUUGGGCAUCGGCUAUUUGUUCUUCAUUUUCACCAGCUGAGAAAAUUAUUUCAUUUGAUGGUAUUGAAGCAUCCUGCUUAGUUCUCUGCUUCUAUUCAGCAAGCGUUCUUCUCUCGUCUUCCUGCCGCUUCCGCUUUUCGGAGUUGUCUGUUACGCUCAAGCAGAUCUGGCAAGCCAAUCUGAUGUGGUCCAAGAGAACCAGCCUUCUCUGGCCUUCAUUAAAACAAAUUACACCUGCAAUUGCGGAUGCAACUAUACAUACAUUUUUUUCACAAUUGUUAAAAAUAAGGUAUCCUAAGGGGUCAUCUCGUUCAAUCCCUUGUGAUGCAGGAAUAUGAUGUAAGUGUUCUCUGUUCAGUCCCCUGCAGCACUUGUGCAUUGGGAAUAAGGCAAGGCUAAAACUCUCCACUUUGGGAUUUGUGUGUGCACACAAAAGAUUCUUCGGCUGUAGGAGCCCCUUCUGUAUCCCCCCCCCCCCCCCGGCAAUCUUAAGUGGUUCAACCCAAAGCACAGGUUUGGUCAGAGGGGGUUAGGGUGUGGUUCAAGCGCACUGACGGUUGUGUUUGUGUGUCUCUCUCUCUGUGUGCGUCCGGCAGAUAACGCAAUACCUAUCAAGUCCUGGUUCAGCGAUCCCAGCGACACGGCACUUCUCAACUUGCUCCCCAUGCUCGAUGCCUUGAGGUAAAGCUCUGGGGUGGAGCUGGGAGGAGAAAAGGGAACGGGGAUUCUUUGGGUUGUUCUAGGAGCCCUGCGCCUGUGUUUUUUGUAAGAACAUAAUAGCCUGCUGGAUCUGUUCAACGACUGGUCUAGCCAACAUCCUGUUCUCACUGUGGCCAACCAGAUGCCCCAGGGAAAACCAGCGAGCAGGAUCCGAGCGCAAGAACCCUUUCCCUUCCUGCGGUUUCCAGUAACUGGAAUUCAGAAGCAUCGCUGCCUCUGACUGUGAAGGGAGAACAUAGUCAUCCUGGCUAGCAGCCAUUGGUAGCCCUUCUCUUCUUUUAAAGCCAUCCAAGCUAGUGGCCAUUGCUGCCUCCUGCGGCAGGGAGUUCUACAAUUGAUUGUUUGAGCUGCAUUUUUCUGGACCAUUUCCCAUUCUACGAUGGCGUUUUUGAGCGGUGGUGACCCAAAUUUGGUGUUCCAAAUGCGGUCUCCUCCCCUCUUGUGCAGGCUGUUGAGUCUGCUUGUCGCUUUGCGUGUGCGCGAUAUUUAUUGCCCUAGAACUGGUUGACGUGCGGGACCAAAUCCUGUGGAAGAUAAAUAAUAAUAAUAAUAAUAAUAAUAAUAAUAUGUUAUUUAUAUCUCACCCUCCCCAGCCGAAGCCAGGCUCAGAGCUGCUAGCAAGAAUAAAAGUAACACAGCAUUCUAAAAUCAAUUCAGAAUAAAAUUAAUGGCAACCAUUGGGCUAGAGUUCUGUGAGGAUUACCAAAGGAGGGGGUCGGACUGUGCCUUGGCCAAAGAGGCAGGCCUUGCGUGGCUCUUACUCUGUCUCUCCCCCGCUUCCUCCUCCAGGUUCACAGCUGACGUGCGGUCGGUGCUGAGCCGAAACCUGCACCAGCAUCGCCUUUGGUGACGGUGGCUCCUCCUUUCUUCAGGGCUUGGCCCGCGACCUCUGCCUUAUCCCGCCAUCGUGACCCCCCCGCCUUGGUCGCUUGGACUCUGGCGAACGUGUCCGGACUCAGCCAACCAGGAGGGGAGGAGCUGGGAGUGAGCCGGCCGGCGCCCCUCACCUGACUGGUGGGCAGCCCUGCCGCCUCUUCCUGCGCCAGCCAGCUGCGCCCAUGACCACCGCCCCGCCCGCCCGCCCGCCGGGGGACUGGCCAGGACUCUGCAGGGCAGCAAGCGGGGCCGGCGCCAUUGGCACGAUGGCACCAACUGCUUGGGGGGGGCAGAUGUACAAGAAAGGGGGUGAAACAAGCCAGCCGCACGGAGGAGUGCGACGGACACUUUGAGACGAGGCUGCGUUUUCUCAUUUUAAAGACCGAGCUCCCUGUACAAAGAUCUUAUUUUCCUUUGUUUUCAUUUCUUCUCCCUCCCCUUACGCUCUUGAUAAAGAGAGAAGCCCUUUCAUCUAAGGCCAUCUAUUUUUUAGAUGAUUGACAGGCCUGGUUUAAUUUCUUCAACCCCCUCUCAAAGUCUUGUCUCCUUUUUUUGUGGAAGUAGGAGCGUCUCCCCUCCCCUUUUUCCCCUCCAUUGGAAUUGUGUUGAGGAGGCCACUCCUUCCAAUCUGCCCCUUGUUUUAUUUUAUUUUUGACUUUUUUGGGGAGGGCGGGGAGGGAUUGAAUGAUGAGAUAUUAUAGCCUUGAACUGAGGUGGAAAAAAAACAACAACCCGACAACCCU